UGAAACUUUCAAGCUUCAUUCUUAGGGUGAUUUAGCCGCAUAAAUUCAACGAAGAAGUAAACAUAACGGCCGUUAAAAUCUUGAUACUGGCUGAUUUUAUUGGACUAUAUCCUCUAACUCUCUGAGAUGUAAAUUUCCGGCGAUAACCUGUGCAGCAAUAAACUUCAUUCAGCCACAAGAGUGUGCAUGUGAGAGGAUUGCAAAUCUGCUCCGCCAAACCAGAAUUAGCCGGUAUCGCAGGAAUGAAAGAGCGUGGAGAUUUGAAAUUGCAGGGAAUGGAGACAAGGCGGUGCAGAAGACGAGCCGCCUGGGGGGCAGGGGGCCCCAGACCAGUGCCGCACUCCAAUGGAAAAUAAGCCCCGGGGCGGCGAGCAGGGGCGAGGCUGAGCGGGGCCGGGCGCAGGUGGACACCGCAGCCCGCAGCAGCUCUCGGGGCUCGGGCUGGGCUGACAGCGGGGGCUCGGCGCCGUGGCGGGCAGGGACGGCGGCGCUGGCGGAGCCCGGCGCGGAAGAAAUACAUCUGAAAAUUGGUUUCCUCUGAAAAGAUGGGGUAACUUCAUCUACUUGCCUCUUGAGGAUUUAAUUUCUUUACUCAAAGCUUUCUGAACUUGAACACAAAGGCACAAAAUCUUACUGUGACAGCAGAAGUUGAUACAGUGAAGAAAUAUACAGAGAGAGACCAGUCUUUUUUGUGACCACAGUCAACCCAUGAAGAGUGAGUGCUCUCAGCCACCUGAAAGUAUUUACUGCAUUUGUUUCAGAAUACUGUGGAGAAAAUGUAUGCUAGUCGAGAGGAUAUUGGGUAUGAUUUUGGAGACGACUCAAAAGUUGGAAGUAAGCCAAUUAAGCCUAAUCCAAACAUCGAUGGAGGAUGGGCUUGGAUGAUUGUAUUUUCCUCUUUCCUUGUGCACAUACUUAUCAUGGGUUCCCAAAUGGCCCUUGGAGUACUCAACAUGGAAUGGCUUGAAGAGUUUAAUCAAAGCCGUGGCUUAACAGCGUGGGUCAGCUCCCUCAGCAUGGGCAUUACACUGAUUGUAGGACCUUUUAUUGGUUUAUUCAUCAGCAUGUGUGGGUGCCGCCUGACAGCUAUAAUUGGAGGGAUACUGAAUGCCCUGGGUUGGAUACUGAGUGCCUAUGCCUCCAAUGUGCACUACCUCUUCCUUACGUUUGGAGUGACAGCUGGCAUUGGAAGUGGCAUGGUUUAUCUGCCUGCAGUGGUCAUGGUGGGGCAGUAUUUUCAGAAGAGAAGAGCACUUGCACAAGGGCUCAGUACCACAGGAACAGGAUUUGGAGCUUUCUUAAUGACUGCCUUACUGAAGUACCUCUGCACUGAAUUUGGGUGGAGAAAUGCCAUGUUCAUCCAGGGUGCCAUCUCUCUGAACCUUUGUGUCUGCGGGGCGCUUAUGAGACCUCUCUCCCCCAAAGACCUUAGUGAAAAAUCUGUUGCGAGAAGUAGUAGUGAAGAUAAUCAAGCAAAAGCUCUGUCCCAUUCUACAGAGACUAUAAAAUCUAAUGGAGUCCUCAGUGAAGAACCAGAGAAAAAAGAAGAGGCAACAAAUGAAGAAGUGCUUGAGAGUGUUCAGCACAUAGAAAUGGGAGGUAACUCUGGGAGCGGAAGGAAUAUGUAUGGACUGCGCUUGCUUAAGACAGUGAGCCAGCUGACACUUACAGUCAGGAAGGGCUUUGCACUAUGGUACUCCAGCUACUUUGGAGCUGCAUCACUGUUUACCAAUAGAGUAUUUGUGGCCUUUAUAAUUUGGGCUUUGUUUGCCUAUAGCAGCUUUGUCAUUCCCUUUAUUCAUCUUCCAGAAAUAGUCAAGCAGUACAACUUAUCUAGGCAGGACAAUGUAUUUCCUUUGACAUCCAUUAUAGCAAUUGUUCAUAUUUUUGGUAAAGUGAUCCUUGGAAUCAUCUCUGAUCUGCCCUGCAUCAGCACAUGGAAUGUCUUCCUCAUGGCUAACUUUACCCUGGUCACCUGCAUUCUUACUUUGCCACUAAUGCAAACAUAUGUUGGCCUGGCUGUGGUUUGUGCUCUAAUAGGAUUUUCCAGUGGCUAUUUUUCUCUAAUGCCUGUUGUGACUGAAGAUUUAGUUGGAACUAAACACCUUGCAAAUGCCUAUGGCAUCAUCAUUUGUGCCAAUGGAAUAUCUGCAUUGUUUGGACCACCCUUUGCAGGUUGGAUCUAUGACAUCACACAAAAAUACGAUUUUUCUUUUUACAUAGCUGGCUUGCUAUACAUGGUGGGAAUAAUAUUUUUACUUAUACAACCUUGUAUUCAAAAGAAACAACCAAGACAAAAAUCUACAGAAGAAGCACAAGUAUAGAACAAAUUCCAGAAGUUUUUUUACAGAACUUUUUUGAUUUCAUGUUUCUAUUGCGUGACAGUAUGAAGAUGUUUUUCUUAUGAAACCAACCACAUUAAGCUGUACUUCAGUGAAAAGCAAAUGUGCUCCAUGAUGCUAAUAAAUUAUGAGAAACAUGCUUUUAAAAUUAGUUAAGAUCUCUUACUUUAGAAGUACCAAAUACAGUGAUUAAAAGCACACUGCUAGUCUUUUAAUAUCAGCACAAUGCUAGUAGCCUUUACCCUUGCUUCUCUUUCAGCUUUUCACCACUAACCACUGGUGAGAAUCCAUUGACUGCAGUGCAGUUACUCCUGAUUUACACGCGUCCUACGAGAGAAUUUGGUCAGGACACGAAUGAUUUAUAAAGGUCCCUCCUACUAUGUGUUCAGUCUGAUAGUUACAGAGUAUAAGAAAAUGAUUGUAUUUCUUGCCUGGCUUGUCAAGUACUGUUGAAAUGCUAGUAUAAAAAUGCCAUUAAUUCAAUGUUUUAAAAUUACUAUUUCUGUGAUACAAAACUGAAGACAAGUUCUUAUAUUUUUCUGAAGUGACUCAUUUUGACUUGAUGAUCCUUGUGUGUCCCUUCCAGCUCAGAAUAUUCUGUGAUUCUACUUCAAGGAUUUUUAAUUUUUUUUUUUUAAAGUAUCAACUGCAUAAUAAAGUAGCCAUCCUCAACACACAGGCUGCAUUAUAAAUGCUGUGACACUUAAUGCACCUGAAGUAAAAAAAUCAUAAAUGCAGAAACGGGAAACAUAUGGAAAAUAUUCUUGUGACUGGAAAAUGAUUCCAGAAACAGUCUGGGGUCUGUGGGCCCUUUACCUAAUUAGAGGUACUGUAGAACUUCUUAACAUUGCCACUGAGUCCUUCCAUGGGAAAGAGCUCUACUACAGCAGACUAAAUUCUGUUACAAUUACUUUAAUAACAAAAACUGUUACAUUAUGAGCAGUUGUGUUCCUGCUCAUAAUGUACACCAUGAACUGAAUAAGAUUGGUCAUGUUUGAGAAGUUUAUUCACUAGAAAAUUAGAUGCUGCAGAGCAUAGAAGAGCUAAAGAACAUUUGAAUUAUUCAAAUAAAUUUUCUUAACAUUAAGCACCUGGUCACCAAUGCAGAAGGUGUUGUAUGGUGGGACAGGGCAUAAUUUUCAGCUUUGAGAGAUGAAUCUGAUGUUAAUUUUUCUAUCAAAGAAAAGCCACUGUAUGUUAUUAUCCUCUUAGGUUUAUGAAAGUUUUUUGCAUGACAAAUCAGGUUCUUAGUAUAACACUGAUAUGUGCUGCUGGAAUUCCUUAAAAAAACAAUUGAUACUAUUCAAUUAUAUUGAAGAACUAUUAGACACAGUUGAGUAUGCAACACUAUCAAUAUACUGAUCCUCUUUAUAGCUGCAAGAUUGGCUGAGAAAAAGUUCUGAACCACUGUGUGUAUUGUUCUAUAUUGCAAUUCACCAGCUUCUUAGUGUUGCACUUCUACAACUGUUGGCAAGGACAUAUUUUAAAUAGAUCACUGAAAUGAGCCAA